GAGCGUUGCACAGCGGCCAUUUCUGCUUUGCUCCGCCGUAAAUGUAGUGUGUAUUCGCGGUCCUCUCUCUCUCCUCCCCUCGCGCAGGGUGCGCGGCCACCAUGGCGUAUUAGAGGCAGUAGUGCCUGCGGCAGCAUUGGCCUUUGCAGCGGCGGCAGUAGCAUCAGGCUCUGCAGCGGCAACCCCCAGCGGCUUAAGCCAUGGCGCUUUUCAAGGCAUCCAGCAGCAGCGUUGCUGUAACCGACAAAGACAUCUUCGAAUUAAGCACAUUCCUCGAUUCCAGCAAAGCCCCCCAACAUGGCCGAGAUGAGCUUCCUGAGCAGCGAGGUGUUGGGGGGGGACUUCAUGUCCCCCUUCGACCAGUCGGCUUUGGGGGCUGAAGAAAGCUUAGGUCUCUUAGAUGACUACCUGGAGGUGGCCAAGCACUUCAAACCUCAUGGGUUCUCCAGCGACAGGGCUAAGGCGGGCUCCUCCGAUUAUCUGGCUGUGGAUGAGUUGGUCAGUGCCUCGGACACCGGCAAGGAGGAUGCCUUCUAUGGGACAGACUGGAUGUUGGAGAAAAUGGAUCUGAAGGAGUUUGAUUUUGAUGCGCUGUUGAACGUAGAUGACCUGGAAACCAUGCCAGAUGAGCUUUUGGCCACGUUGGAUGACACAUGUGAUCUGUUUGCCCCCCUAGUCCAGGAGACUAAUACGGAGCCCCCCCAGGCAGUGAACCCAAUUGGCCAUCUUCCAGAAAGUUUAACAAAAACUGACCAGGUUGCCCCUUUCACCUUCUUGCAACCUCUUCCCCUUUCCCCAGGGGUUCUGUGCUCUACUCCAGAUCAUUCCUUUAGCUUAGAGGUAGGCAGCGAGGUGGAUAUUUCUGAAGGAGAUAGGAAAUCUGACACCAUUGCUUACAUUACCUUGGUUCCUCAGUGUGUAAAAGAGGAAGAUGCCCCCUCAGAUAAUGACAGUGGCAUCUGUAUGAGUCCCGAGUCCUACUCUGGUUCUCCCCAGCACAGCCCCUCUACCUCCAGGGGCUCUCCAUUUAGGAGCCUGCCAUCUCCAAGUGUCCCCUGUGGUUCUGCCUGGCCCAAACCCUAUGAUCCCCCUGGAGAGAAGUUGGUAGCAGCCAAGGUUAAGGGUGAAAAGCUAGAUAAGAAACUGAAAAAAAUGGAACAAAACAAGACAGCAGCUACCAGGUACCGCCAGAAGAAACGGGCAGAGCAAGAGGCGCUCACUGGCGAGUGUAAAGAGCUAGAAAAGAAAAAUGAGGCUCUGAAAGAGAAGGCAGAUUCUCUGGCUAAGGAGAUUCAGUAUCUGAAAGAUCUGAUAGAAGAGGUCCGCAAGGCAAGGGGGAAGAAGAAGGGUCCCUUAGGGUAGUCAGAAACGCUUUGUGCUUGUACAUAAGUGUCUUGCGCUGAGGCUUUGUUGUAUGUAAUAAAUUAUUUUGUAGUGAAAGUGCUAGCACAGGCUUGCUACACUUGUUAA